CGCUAUAAACGCGCAUGGGUUUUACCGGGAACACUUUGGUGUGGACGAGGCACAAACGCCAAUGACUAUGAACAGUUGGGUAUGUUUGAGCACGCGGAUAGAUGUUGCCGAGAACAUGAUCACUGUGAGCACAUCAUACGCUCUUUCUCUGUGAACUAUGGUGUCUUCAAUCCCACCCUCUUCACGGUCUCCCACUGUGACUGUGACCACAGAUUUAAACAAUGCCUUCUCAAUGGUAAUGACACCAUCUCCAACAUGGUGGGCUACAGUUUUUUCAACGUCCUAAAACUCCGCUGCUUUGAGAUGAUUCAAAGGAGGCAAUGCACACAGUACAACUGGUUUGGAAUGAUGAGUUUCUCUGUAAUAGCAUUGUGCCAGAGGUGGGAGUAAGUUACCCACAUUGAAGUCAUAAGAAAAGAAGUCAUCGAGUCAAGUCUCAAGUUGCAGUGCACAAAAUAAAACAACUCAAGGCUAUGGCUCACCUCAAGCAAGUCAUGUUGAGUCCUGCGAAGAAAGUCACUCUCAAAGUACCAUGCAGAGGUUACUUUUCACAAGCAGUUAUGAACUCCCUGAAUAACACAGAUCUGAGAAUGAUCUGAUCUGAGAUCAAAAAUAAUACCUCUCUAAAACAAUUUUAGAGUAAUUCACCAAGUUUAAUGUGUUAAAGAAGUUUUUUUUUCUGUUAUGCUUGCACUAAUUGACAGCGCAGCUUGAAACCCUGGUUGAAAAUCCAGGUCUUGUUUCCUCAGCCAUUUUCCAUUUCCUAACUUUUUGUAGUGAAUCACUUUUGACAAAAAUGUUGACAGCAGUUUGUUUAGUAUUGUACUCUAGCCCAGAGUAACAUUAUGCUGGUGGAACUGAUUUUCAAUCUCUCACUGCAGGUGCACAAUGGUCCAGCUCGCACCUGUGGCAGUAUUGAAAGAUUCGACACCAUACAAUUCCACCAAUCUAAGUAAUGA